AGUGCUCCCCGCGCGGAUCGGUCGCUGGCGCCGGCGGUAGGGCGCCACCUAACAUGAGUAACGCUGAUUGGCUGUAGGUUGUCACCCGCCAUUAUUGCGCGUGGCGAUUGGCGGAGUGAAGAAGUGGCGCAAGACAUCUCUCUGAGCUGGGGUGUUGAAUGCAGUAGCCUGGGGUGAAUUCUGCUGGCUGUGGGGCCCUUGGAGCGUUUCUUGCCCGGAGCCCACCAGGUCUGCGGGGAUGGAGCCGCUGCCCGAGCUCUACGCUAUCUUCCAGGGAGAGGUUGCUACUGUGACAGAAUAUGGGGCAUUUAUAAAAAUCCCAGGCUGCAGGAAACAAGGUUUGUUCAGCUAAUUUUGUUCCCACACAGUGUCAUGUUGAUCUGAUUGAACAAAGCAGUUGUCCUGGGAAGUAAAGGUUUGCUAACUUUUAUAAAAAGCUUUGAAAUGUGGUGGCUCUCUUUUUUUCUUCCUAAAUUAGGAAGCGGUUGGGGUUCUCAGAAAGUACUUAGAAUACAUUGGUGUAUUUGCAUGAAUACCAAAAAGACUCAGAAGGCUUUUUGGUAACUUCAGGAUACUUUGGUGUGUUUUUUUGGUAACUUCAGGGUAUUUUAGAGAGUAACUUUAAGGUAUUGGACAAACUAUAGAAACUUUCUGCAAUUAGAUGGCUUGCCCAACUUAAUUUCUUUUAUGGAAAGUAUAAAUGGGUUAAAUAAAAAAGACUGAAAUGAAGCUUAAAUGAAAAUUAAACCAGAAAAAUUGACUUAAAGCUCUGUGGAUUGGUGGGAAACCUGCAAAGUCAAACAAACUCAUUUUACACAAGCAGCAGCUUAUGGUGGAUGUUCUGGCAGAUGCUGGUAGGCGCACAAAGAGCCCCUUCUCUGCUCCCCUCCUGAAGCGCCCAGUCACUGUAGUACCAGUUCUAAUAAAAGUUUUUGGACAGAAGCAUGGCUGCUGGAGGGAAGUUGCUUUGAGAUGCGAACGGGCACUGAAAUGCCUUGUCCAUAGGACUCACAUGUCUUCCUGCCGUGUGGAUAAACCCUCAGAGAUAGUAGAUGUUGGAGACAAAGUAUGGGUGAAGCUUAUCAGAAAAGAGAUGAAAGAUGACAAACUGAAGCUUUCCCUCUCCAUGAAGGUAGUUAACCAAGGGACAGGAAAAGACCUGGAUCCAAACAAUGUUUCCCUUGAUCAGGAUGAGAGGAAAAAACGCACAUUCAGAGACUACACUAGUCAGAAGAUCACGCUUGAAGCUGUCUUGAACACUGUGUGCAAGAAAUGCGGUUGCAAAGGUCAUUUUGCCAAGGAGUGUUUCGUGCAGCCUGGAGGUACCAAAUAUAGCCUUAUUCCAGAAGAAGAGGAAGAUGAGGUGGCAGCAGCAGGAUAUGAAAGAGAUAAAAAGACCAGCCUGGCUGAUGAUUCUUCAAAAAAAAGGAAGAAGGAGAAGAAGAAGAAAAAGAAGCACAAGAAUAAGCAGUUCUCUGAGUCAGACUCAGACAGCGAUGGGGCUCAGCCAGCCAGCAAGAGGAGCAAGCAUUCUGGGAAGCCCAGCAAGGCUCAGAAGAAGAAGAAAAAGAAGCACAAGAAGGAGCCCUGGGAUUGAGUGGGCAGGCAGGUGGGGUGCUGGAAUGGCAAGUCCCUGGUGCACACCACGAGGAGCCAGCACAACUGACUCAGCGCACCCCUUGCUUCAGGGACCAGGAGUUUCUUUCUAAAAGUAAUGCUUGGUGUGCAGUGUCACAGGUGUUGACUUUGAUGCAGGUUGUUCUCUGUUACCUUAGGGGCAGGUUGCUGUUUUCUCCCAUCAGUAGGCACUCCUGCCAAAAUAAGCUAAUUACACCCCUUUGUCGGCACCUCUCCCAUCCUGUAGCCUCAUGUUUCGCUGGGUAGGCUGCCAGCACUCGGCCGCUCCCCUGGACAGCGCGGCCAGCUGCACCAAGCCUGCAUGACAUCAGCUCCUAUCCAGUGGCCUGUAAAAGUUGGAGUGGCACAGCCGUGCUCUUCCUGCCUCUCCUCACACCACCCUGAGGGACAGGGGUGGCUGUUGCUGGGCUCUGUGAUGGGGCUACAUCCUCCCAGCUGGUAAUGGUGUGGAGCUGCUUGACUUUGGCCUGCAGGCCUUCCCCCAGCCUCACUCGUUUUGUCUGCAAACAUUGGGAGUGGAAGAGUGAGAAGCGAAUGGGUGAGUGGGGAUAUUUUAAGUAAACAUUAACUGUGGUUGUUUGCUGCCUUGGUAAGUGAUGGAAAAUAAAUCUCUCCAAUCUCCAGUU